AUGGCCAUUAAAACUCCCGGCAUUUUAACGCAAGUAAUUCCUCAAGGAGAUUUUAAACCUAGCCAGAUAGCCAUGGUGACGAUGGGACUAAGGAGGUUAAUGAUGAUCAUCAAAUCCAAAAUAAGGUCUUUGAAGAUGAGGAGACCUUAUGAUAAGAUUGAAAAGAGUGAGAGCAUGAGAGUUGAAAUAAGAAGCAGGAAGGCCAGGAAGCUCAUUGAUGAGAUAUUAAGGAUUGCUGAUUCACCAAACACCGAGACUUAUGCUUUUUGA